AUGGAGGCCUCCUUGCCCGAAGGCUCCCCUGAGUUGCAACACUCUGGUACACCGCCCGACUCUCACGCGUUAUUUGAUCGGCUCCCAGCCAAUGUGAUCGAACGCAUCCUGUUUGCCGCUGAUGCUAAUACAUUUGCAUCCUUGGCUCUUCUAAACCAAAAAUGGAAGCAUGCAUCCGAUACCCCAGAACUAUAUGCACAUCACCUAUCGCGCUGUCCAUCAUUUUCUUGGACCCAUGGCGCCAAUUUCACGGCUGAGACAGAGAGCCUCGCUGAUCUCAAACGCCUCUUUAUCAAGGAGAUAAGACAGAAUGCGUACGACGUGUUUUUACGACCUCGGCAGACCCUCGUGAGACUAAUUUCAAGUUCUAUGAGCUCCUCUACGGCUUUCCCCCAGGGAGAAGUCUUUCGAUUUUCAUUUUCCGCAAAUGGUCAAAUAGUCCUAUGUAUCAGCUCCUCUCGCAUUGUGAUAUUGGACGUGGCAUCUGAUCCAGUCACCGUUAAGCAUGAGCUACAGACUCGGAGAAGGCCAUUGGGUGCCACAGUUCGGGACGAUGGCUCCCUCAUUGCUGUUUUGUCCUCCACGCAUAGAGUUCAUAUAUACCAGCUUUCUGAUGAUGAAGCUAAGCACAUUCAAGUUAUCACGCUGAACGAUGCUCCGAGGGACAUCGCAUUUUCACCAACAGGGAGCGUUCUAGCAUUAGCCUUUGAAGAUAGUAUCGAGGUUUAUGCGGUGGGAGAGGAUGCUAAGCCGACCGAUCGCCGCGCAGUGCGUUGCCUUCGUGUCGAUGGACUUUCGUUCUCCCCUGAUGGGUCAAUGCUCCUUGGAUCUUCAACUGAUUGCGAGCGAGAUGGUGUUGUCACCAUCACUGCACCUUUCUAUACCGAGACUGGAACGGAUGCCUCGCCUGAGGAGCUUCAUAUGCGAAUGUGGACAACACAAAUUCUCUUCCCUGAGAUCACACGCGCAUGCACUCACGCUUGCCUCAUUGCUGGUCAUGAGGACGCAGAUGAAAACUGGGUAAUAGGCUAUGAUAGCCAAUUGGCAGCAUUCAAAGCCCUGAGGCUGAACGACGUCAAUGCGGGCGUUGUAUAUUUUGCCAGUCCAUUUUUCGCAGACGAAACAAGAGAGAUGCGACCAAGUAUGGGGCCUGCAACGGAUGAUGCAGGAGAACUUAUUGCUUUGGGAUUCCAAGACUCUGCUUUGUGGAUAUACGGGGUGCCUGGUCGUUUGGACCUUACUCCUUCAACUACAGGUACUCAAGGUGAACUCACUGGUACCCAGGUUGGUGGCAUCCAUCACUGCGGAGGCCGCCCACCUCGUGACAACCUCGCACAGCUUAAGAAGAUUAUCCAACAACCCAAGAUAUUGAUUCGUGGACGCUGCGUCGCCGACAUGAAAGGAGUUACAUCUGCUCACUGGGUACGAGCGACUGAUUCAACGUCAGAGACAAGAAGUCAUCGCCGUAGACUUGUCGCAGUUGCUCCGGGUGGUGUGCGUCCGCAGAUAUUUGGCGAAGAGGAUAUUCCGGUUGACGGUGGCCGGGUGCUCCUCCUGGAUUUUGAACGGUGCACAACGAAUGGUGAGACGAUUGAGCUGGAUAUUGAAGUCGGAGAAACAGCACCCAAAAUUCUCAUGGAACCAGACUCCUCUAUGGACACCGAGGUUGAACUUGAAAGAAGGCGAACUCGAUUACAUCGUGGAGAUACUGAUACAACAUUCGCAUCCGCUAGUCAUCGGCGAUUAGUAGCUGCCCAAGGAAGUCGGGUAGUGCCGUUUCAUUUCCGUCGAUUCAGUGUUGCAAGCCCUACCUCGCCGACUGACACAUCUCGAGGCGAUGUACUUGAUCUUCCAUAUGACAACGCGCAACCUCGUUCGAGCGAUGUUCUCCACCGCGCUGCUACGGCAGCUGCAUCAACCCGCGGGCGAUAUGAUCCACGAUAUCGCAACUCUCCCAAUCGACGACAAGUUCCCCAUGAAAGCGACGCCGAUAACUGGGUACCGCCUCCUCCCCCAUACAAACAGGAAACAGAGGUACCGUUGCCAGACGAUCUACUCAGAACCCUUCUUCCGAGAAACAUGGUAGAUGCCCAGGCUCUCAACGACUCUGCCAAUCAUCCUGGACGAGCACAAACCACUCGCAUUGCACGGCCAACUGUAUCAACUCGCCCACGCCCACAAUCCGCGAUUCUGCAAAGACUGGGCACUAUAACUGGCCCCAGACGCAGGGGUAGCUCCAUUGGUAGAGAAGAUCUCUACUUUAGCCAGCAAUCCGAGAGCCCCACAAUCACAGCUCCCCGGGAACAGUCCGUCAACAAUAUCCCGCCAUCAACCCAAGGGCCUACCCCACAACCUGAUACAGCAGCGUCCCUGGCACAUAACCACCCAGCCGUUCAAUCCCCGCCCACGUUUGCCGUGCAUCCUGCGGAACAGACCAUCCAAGAGAAUCCAAUGCCCCUUCCAUACCUGGGAGCAUCCGCGCUGGGCGAUGCCUACUUCCCAUACUCUGUGUCGUCCCCAAACCUCCUUCACAUUCCACAACCGCAUGGUGAUAUGCAGGAGACAGUAGCAGAUGAUGAGCAUGAGAUACCUCAGAGACAGCGCUCGUUCCGUAGGCGGGUUUCAACGGAGCCUAUUAGCUUACCACCACCCGAGAACGAGGAAUGGAGACGCCGUAUCCAGGAUUGGAAUGAACAUACAAUCAAGGAGCGAGGGAGGAAGCGGAGGGGGAAGUGCAUUGUCAUGUAG